AUGCGUCUACUUCUGUUUUCUUUUGUUCUAUUGCUUUCAUCUACGUCUUCUUUUGAGCAUCAGAAGAAGCAACACAUCGUCAACUUUUCUGUAAAAUACUUUAACAAAUCCCAAAGCGUACGUUCGAUUGAUAUUUUGAACAAAAACUGGGAUUCUAUUACGAAAGUUGUGAAUUUCAAUAAAAAUGGAUCAAAGAUAACGGGAAGAAUUGGUUUCGACGAAUCAAUAGACAGAGUUAUCCUGAAAUUGGGUAACAGAAACAUCGAUCAAAAUGAAGUUCUCUUCUCAUUGGGCAACAGUGAUAGAAACCAAUUAACAAUUCACACAGAUUCGUACAGAAUGAGAAUGUUCUCUACAAAACAGACAGUGAAAAGAGAAAUGAUUCAUAUUCAAUCCGAAGAUUCAAAUGGAUGUCAAUGUUCUCAUGGAAACUGUGCUUGUUGUCUUGGAAUCUCUGUUCCAGAAUUUAGACAUUCAGUUUGUGUCAAUGCAACUUACAAUCCAGUUUCCAUUGGAUUGGAUUUAUCAGUCGGAGUGGAUGGACACUACUUUACGGAAGAAGUUUCUCUCCGUAAUCCACCUCCAAUCUGUUUCUCUCUUCCAAUUCCUGGCGCUGAACAUAUUGCAGGUGUUUGUGUUGCUUUCACGAAAUUAGAUUUGGACAAGAAAGCCAAGAUUCUAUCAGGAUGCAUGGAUUUCGAAGUUGAAUUGAUUCAUUUGAGAGCUCUCAGUUUCCACUUGGGAUGCUUCAGAAUGCCAAUUUGA